GGGAGAGACCCGGUGCUGCGGGCUGGCCCGGGGCGCAGCUCGGCCUCCGCGGGGUGUGUCCCCCGCCCGGCCGGCGCCCCCACGCCUCGCCCGGCAGCCGCGCCGCCCGGAGGCCCCCGGAGGCCACGCCGGCCCGGGAGCCGCGUCCACGCGCGGGGCCCCUCCGCGUCUGCCCGGCGCGCUGGGCAUCAAACUCCUGGCGCUCCUGCAUCCAGCACCCGGAGUGUCAAGCACCUGGUGUCCAGGGCCCUGCCCCAGCCUUCUCCCCUCCCAGCCCUCCACCAUCCAACAACUGAAGCUGCGAUGCCUGCCUUCACCACGGUCCUCACACCGGCGCCAGGGCAUUCCUUUGGAAAUCACAGAGGAUAACAGCAUGGAGCCGAAGCCUCAGGAUGGCAGAAGGAGUGCCCCCCACAGGGAGGUGCCCCCGGUGGUGGGGCUGCUGCUGGCCUUGGUUGUCAUGAACGCGCUCCUCUACCUCUGCCUCGAUCGCUUCUUCGUCGCCCCUCGGCGUCCUGCCCCGGACCCCCGGCGCUGUCCCUACGGGCACUUCAGAGUGGGACAGAUGGACAGCUGCUCAGCGUGGCUGUCCUGCGCGGAGCUGAGGACGGAAGUGAGGCCGCUGAAGCGCGUCGGGGAGGGCGCCGUGAAGAGAGUCUUCCUUUCGGAGUGGAAGGGACGCAAAGUCGCCCUCUCACGGCUCACCAGCCCGGAGAUGAGAGACGACUUCCUCCACGGCCUGCAGAUGCUGAAGGCCCUGCAGAGCAAGCACGUCGUCACGCUGCUCGGCUUCUGCGAGGAGGACGGCACCAUUCUCACCGAGUACCACCCCUUGGGGUCGCUGGGCAGCCUGGAAGCCACGCUCAACCUUUCCAAGUACCAGGCCGUGAACACCUGGCAGCGGCGGCUGCAGCUGGCCAUGGACUACGUGGGCAUCCUCCACUUCCUGCACCACAGCCCGCUGGGCACGCGGGUCAUGUGCGACUCCAGCGACCUGCCCAAGACGCUGUCCCAGUACCUGCUCACCAGCAACCUGAGCAUCGUGGCCAACGACCUGGACGCGCUGCCCCCCGUGAACCGCAGCGCCGGGGCGCUGGCCAAGUGCGGCCGCCGGGAGCUGCGCGGCGACUUCGUGGCCCCGGAGCAGCGCUGGCCCUUCGGGGAGGACGUGCCUUUCCGCGACGACCUCAUGCCCCCCUACGACGAGAAGGCCGACAUCUGGAAGAUCCCCGACGUCGCCAGCUUCCUCCUGGGGCACGUCGAGGGCAGCGACGUGGUCCGAUUCCACCUGUUUGACAUCCACAAGGCCUGCAAGAGCCGGCCGCCGGCCGAGAGGCCCACCGCGCAGGCCGUCCUGGACGCGUACCAGCGGGUCCUGAGCUCGCUCAGAGACGCCGCGCCGUCCCAGGCCAGAGAAAUGCUGUGAAGCCCAAGCCCGGUCAGGGAAGGGGGCGGGUUCAGGAGCAAGCAGAACGGCUGCAGAACGGCUGCCGCGGUUCUGCUGGGACCCUGAGCUUGCUGCUGUGCAGCCCGGUGGCUCCUCCUCUGUGCCCGGGCGCACGUGGGAGGAGCUGCCCCUGCUGGCCACCGGGGCAGGCGUGGCUGAGCCAGAGCAACCGGCUCGAUCUAAGCCUGGCUUCACGUCUGACACCCAUCGCUCGCAGGAGAAGCGGCAGAGAAGCAGCGAAUCUGACCCGUAUCUGGAGGAAGUAACUACAGGAAGACGUAGCUGCAAAAGAGCCUUUCCCUGUCCUAAGGACUGAGUUUGUAAGCUUGUAAGAAAGGUAGGUAGAGGAGAUUUUUAAAUGGCAGUAUAGGAUAGAAACCUAGAGUAGUUGUGCAAAGAAUCUUCUUUCCUCUUUUUUUUAGAUGGUAAUCAAUAUACCAGGUCCUGUGAGUAUCCCUGGUCUGCUUCCCUUUGAUGGGUGAGGCCACCCUUACUGUUUUAAAUGAUUGCUCUGUGAAGCUUCAGUGCCAUCCUCCUACCUAGGAGCUUAAGGAGAACUAGGAUGUCAUGCUCUUUGAUAUUUGUUUUCUAAUAUAUUUUUACUAGAGGCCCGGUGCACGCAUUUGUGCACAGGUGGGGUCUUGCCAGCCAGCCCCAAAUGGGGCUAGUGGGGCCAAUCGGGGGUGGGGUUAGGGGGAGG